AUGGACAAUCUUCUUACUACCUUACUUCUUACUCUCAGGUAUUUUAUGAUUGAGAAAGUAUUAGAAUUGACUGAAAUUUUACCUGAAGCCGAAAAUGAAGUUUUGGCGAUGGCGCCUAAUUUUACAGAUCAUGCUCCUCCACAUUCAAGAAGUGAAGUUUCGGUAGCAAUCAAUUUCUCCCUGGGUAAUCAGAGUCAGUAUGAACAGACCAGAAAUGAUUCAGAACGUGCGGAAGCUUCAACUCGACAGUAUGAGUCGUUACCAUUUGCCAGUACGGAGACGACUUUUAGUACCAAUCCUUUCCUUCCCAGGAUGACAGAUCCUGCAGGGUCUUCAAGUUCCUGGCACAAUAAUAUUGUGGGUCAAAAUGACCACCCAACAUAUUUACCAAGUGCAUACGACUCGUUUUUCAACUUGGAAAAUCCAGCAGGGAUCACCUCAAGAAAUUCUAUAAGUACAAACCAAAAUUCAGGAUUAGCAUCUAAUUUGAGUCAAUCAAGUAAUUCAAGUCAUUUGUCUGAUCCAACCUGGAGUACAUCCGGACGAGGAAGCUGGGUUUCAAGUAAUGAAACCGCAUCUUUGCCAAGCCACAGCGCAAGGACCACAACAUGGGGACAAAAUUCACCCAAUACAAAUUCUGCUUCUAAUAGCAUGAGUAGGACUAGUAUUUUAUCGAGGGGAACUGAUUCAGGAACAAUUUUAAAUUCCUCAUGGUCCAGCAAUUCUAGUAACCAAUUGAAUCAACCCACAUAUUUGCCUAAUAAUAAUGGAAUUUUCGGGCAGCCUCAAGUAAAUCCAAAUUCUGGAAGAACAAUUCCAUGUUCUGCCGCAUCAAUUUCUUCAGUAGCGCCACCCAAUCAAUUUAAUCAAAGAAUAGUACCCGAAGUAAAUCCGAGAACAGAAAUUUUUGAUCCUGAGGACUGUGUUGUAAUUACGACAGUAGAAAGAAGAUAUAUUUACGGACGAGGAGAAAUGACUCGGAGUGACGAACCAAAUAUAAUUGAUUCUUUUGGACCUGGACCUUCAAAUGCGAGUCCAAUACUAUGUAGAACUCAUCAAAAUACAAUAAACAGGGAUCAUCCUUUACAAUCAAGAACCUAUUGCCGGUCACCUUCCUUGAUUCACAGUUGUAAUGGUGAAUUGGCUUGUAAUUGUAAUCGCCAAUUUAGAUCUCAUCCCUAUAUGUCAAUUGUUCCCAGUUCGCUAGAAGGGCAAUUGAAUUCGGAACGAAAUUCUGGACGAAUACCCGUUCAGAUUGGAAGUAGAAGAACAUCAGUUUUUGGUCGUAAUAGAGGACUUCCUCCAUUUGAAUCAAUAAAUCUAACUCCUAAUACUAGAGAAAUUAACGAGACGAGAAGUUGGGGUAAUCCGGCAACUAGAUUAAUUAAUAACUCAUUUGCCCAAUAUACAACGAAUGAAGUGGCGAAUCGAGGAAUGAUCCAAGCUGAAGAUCCAUUUUCGGUCGAUUUAACUAACGAUGAAGUGAUAAACGUCGACAAUCUGAGACCAUCAAUUUCUCUUGCGGAUGUUGAAGGUUUACCAAAUCUAAUGGGAUCCGUAAAUAGUACACUGCAUUAUCCACGGAACGAACUAUUGGAAUUUAAUAUUAACAAUAUUUCCAAUCAUAGUGGUGUAAAUAAUUCAGCACACAACAUGAUUCUCCAUCAUCAAAAUACCAGUACUUUUAGAAAUACAGUUUUAGAAAAUCGACUUAGACAAUCAAUGGAUACGUAUGAACUUUAUAGAAGACGGUAUGCGCAGGCUAUGAGAGAUUUCAGAGCACAAAGAGCACCGUAUUACGUCAAUGAAACAAGAACAACAUCAAGACAUAGCCAAACUGAAACAAUGACGACUACACUACCUCCUCCUAGUUAUUCGCAAUCUUAUAAGCGCAAAAAAGAAGCUUUCAGGUCCAUGUUGAAACCUCCUGUUGGAGUUCCUAAGAACUUUGAGAUUAAAAUUAAAAGAAGCACUAUUCUUGAGGAUUCUUAUCGAAUUAUCACUACUGUUGAUAAUGUCGAAAAAUUAAAGGCAAAACUGUGGGUGGUUUUUGAAGGAGAAGUUGGAUUAGAUUACGGCGGAGUUCAACGAGAAUGGUUUUGCCUUUUAUCGAGAGAAAUUUUUAAUCCCAACUAUGGUCUUUUCGAAUAUUGUACGACGAGUAAUUAUUCUCUUCAGAUAAAUCCCAAUUCUGGAAUUUGCAACGAGGAACAUCUGAACUAUUUUAUGUUCAUAGGACGAGUGGUAGGAAUGGCUAUCUAUCACGAAAAGCUUCUUGAUGCUUCAUUCACUUCGACUUUCUACAAGAUGUUAUUGCAAAAGAAAAUAACACUUGAAGACCUCAAAAAGGUGGAUCCACAAUAUUACCAAACCCUCUCCUGGAUAAAGGACAAUGAUCCAGCUCAUCUGGAACUCGACUUUACUGUUAAUGAGGAACAUUUUGGACAUGUUUCUAUUAAAGAUUUAGUAGCAAACGGUUCAAAAAUUCCAGUAACCAACAUGAACAAACAACACUACAUUGACCUCUUCAUAAUGUGGAGGUUCGUUUCUCGAAUAAAGGAUCAGAUGGAAGCUUUUCUUAUGGGUUUUCAUGAUUUGAUACCAAAGAAAGCACUGAAAAACUUUAACGAAAACGAAUUGGAACCACUCAUCUGUGGAAUUCAACAAAUUGACUAUAAAGAUUGGAAAAUGAAUACUGCAUAUUCUGGAGGAUAUAGUUCAAGGCAUCAAACCAUUCGAUAUUUUUGGAAAAUCGUCAGCAAGUUUAAUAACGAAAUGAGGUCGAAACUUUUGCAAUUUGUGACUGGAACUUCCAGAGUACCAAUGAAUGGGUUUAAGGAAUUGAUUGGAAGCAAUGGACCUUUGCUGUUUACUAUUCAAAAUAUAGGAAGUUGUGAUUCCCUUCCUAGAGCUCAUACGUGCGAUGAAUCACAAUCUUCAAAAAAUAUAAAUGCCGAUGAGCUGAAGAUCGUGCAGGAGACGGGCAUUACUGAAAAGAGAACAAUGAAUGUUGAUCGUAAAAGGCACUGUAAAAGAUAA